UAUGAAAUGUCCCUGAAAGUUUUGUUUCUUUAUCAGUUCAAACAUUCACAAGGAGAAAAAAAUGGUGAAGAUCUGCUGCAUCGGUGCUGGCUAUGUGGGGGGUCCAACUAUGGCUGUCAUUGCUCUCAAGUGCCCAGCCAUUGAGGUCGUCGUCGUCGAUAUCUCCGUCUCUCGCAUCAAUGCCUGGAACAGUGAUCAGCUUCCUAUAUAUGAACCAGGGCUUGAAGAUGUGGUAAAACAGUGCAGGGGGAGAAACCUCUUCUUCAGCACCGACGUAGAGAAACAUGUCUAUGAGGCAGACAUCAUCUUCGUCUCCGUAAACACACCGACGAAGACGCGCGGCUUAGGUGCAGGCAAGGCUGCUGAUCUCACCUACUGGGAGAGCGCAGCCCGCAUGAUCGCCGAUGUCUCCAAGUCGGAUAAGAUCGUGGUUGAGAAAUCUACUGUCCCUGUGAAGACGGCCGAGGCUAUUGAGAAAAUCCUGACACACAACAGCAAGGGAAUCAACUAUCAGAUCCUAUCAAACCCAGAGUUUCUCGCUGAAGGUACAGCAAUUCAGGACCUGUUUAAUCCCGACCGUGUUCUCAUCGGCGGUCGGGAAACACCCGAGGGUCGUAAGGCUGUGGAGGCGCUGAAGAAUGUGUACGCACAGUGGGUUUCCGAGGAUCGGAUACUCACCACAAAUCUAUGGUCUGCCGAAUUGACGAAGCUCGCAGCC